AUGCCAUCAAAGACCGACCCCACAACUGGAGAUGACCUAAGCAGGACUUUGCCGAAUGGGGAUUCAUCAGGACGGCCCGAGUGGACUCCCCCUUCAUUCACCGCUGCAAAUCAUGCCAACCUCGCAAGUCAAAGUCGCUUGCCUUGCAUGGUGAGUCUGUUUGACACAUUGUGGACCGGAUCUAACGGGUGUUCAGUCGAUCUUAUAAGACUCGUUGUGAUGGGCGGUGGCCCUGCUUCAAUGUACAUAUACACCCCACAGCUCCAUCCCAUUGAUGAUCCGGAGUUGAUUCCUCGCAGUGUUCGACCAACAACCGAGAAUGCCAAUAUCGACCAAGUCGACGUGGUGGAGUCCGGAGAGGGGAAAAGUAUCACAAUGCCAAAAGGCAGGCCACUAGUGGAAAUGAAUUCCCACUCGCAACCCUUGCGUCUCCUACGGCGAACAGUAAGUUUGGGAUGUGAUCGCGACAGAAAGACGAGACGCUGUUUGUCUAUAGACAUAUUUUCCGAUGGCUUACCGGAUCUGAGCCAACCCUUUCAUCUCUUUCCGAACCCACAAAGUUUACCACAGUCCGACUUGUGUGAUGACGCCACUGCUCGGGAUGGUGUUACUCGUGUCCCGGAGCCUCUAGUAAUUAGAUCAUAUCAAAAUUCGCGGAGUCUGGUCAACGCAUACUACAUAUACAUACACCCGUAUCUACCGUUGUUACCGCCACCUGAAAAACGUCUAUUUGCGGACGAUUCUCAAGGAAUCGUCCUGACAAGUAUCCAGCCGGAUGAAUCAUUUUUUUCUUAUUGGCCGGAAUCUUCACUUGGAUUAGCCAUCAUGGCCAUUCUGGUCCUUAUACCACCACCGGAAGAGGCUGACCCGUUGCGAAUAGGCCAGCUUGAAGUGAGAAAGUCUUAUGCAAAUUAUUUUGUUCAAGCGGCACUUCGAAGCAUCUCGGAUUGCUCAACGGAACGAGGACAAUCCAGCAGAAAUCCAAUAUCGACGCCGAGGCUAGAUGAAGUUUCCCGAAGCGUAUUGCAUGCAGAACUGCCAUCAUCACUCGAGCCCGUGUUAGCUUUGCUGCUACUUGGUGCAUAUGAGUCUUGUCAGAAUAGUGACAGGCGCCAAAUGCGAUCUCGGGUCUAUGAUGCCCUGGUUCUUGCUAUGGAUCUAUCCAUCCACGUCAAGGAUCCAGUGGCGCCCGAAGAAGACCCGGUAAAAGCGCGUGUGUGGUGGAUGACGCUAUGGCCCACUUUGUUACGAGCACAACAAGCGUUACUUCAAACAGGCGUGGUAGCGAAAGAGAUGGCCGAAGGAAGCGUAAGAGGAAGCCAUGACACGAUACGAAAACGAGUUGAAGAUCUUGAUCGUGUUAUCUUGGCACUCACUGUCGAUCUGGAUCGGCCACUGAGAAUGGGAAUCUGCGAUGGACCCGAUGCGACUGCGGUUCGAAACUUAUGGCUUAUGGCACGUUUCUUAGCCCACACCGCUCGACUAAAGCUGCAUCGCUUCCGUGCCUUCGGAGACUACCCAGUCUUUCUUGACAAGUUCUGCGACCUCAGUUCGGUCAACAAUCUUUUGUUCUCUGAGUUUCCAGUCCCUGCCUCUCCCGGUUGGCUUUCAGAAGUCGCAUCUUUUCACCCUUUCACAGAGGAGGACUCUACCCAAGUAUGCCUUAGGUCGGCCUUGGUUUUAUCACGAGUCAUGCGAGCAAUCUCCUGGCCCAAUGUCUCGCAGUCCAAUGAUGUGGUUGGUGGAUUUUCGCUCUCGUCAUACCAUGUCCAACAUCCACGCUCACUACCAUACAUUGCAUGCUGCGGAAUGCAAGCAUGUUAUGUAUUUAUGAUGCUGCUCCGCAAGAUUCGUACCGCAAUGAACUCAAACAAUUUUUCGGAUUCUCGUCAUCUUCUCGGUCAGACCGAGCCAGGAACCGAGAGACAGGCUGCCGAACGCUUUGUCGAGGAACUGAGACAUGGAGUGAAAUCUAUAUGUGCCUUCAUGUCAGCAAACACGGUCUUCGGAGGUAUCAUGGAUAUGGCUCGUGAGGUGGAGACUGUUUAUUUGACUCACUUCAGUGAUUAG